UCCGGUAGUCUGUAUGUGCCUCGACAACUACGGAUGACGUGAUGGGAAAGUGGGUGCGUCUCGCUAUUGACUAGCCGCUCGUUGUCCGUAUAGGAACUACAUAUCUGGAUUUAACGAAAAUAUUUUCGUUACACAAUUUUGUUCAAUUCUAUUUAGGGUUCCCGAUUAAAUAAAUAAUCAUGUCGCAACAACAGUAUUAUCCUUUCAAAUGUACUCCUACUGUCUACCCUGCUGAUCCAUUUGAUGCAAAUGCGGAUGCAGCAUUAUUGCGUAAAGCAAUGAAAGGUUUUGGCACCGAUGAGAAAACUAUUAUCGAUGUACUUACAAAGAGAGGCAUCGUCCAGCGUUUGGAAAUUGCUGAAGCAUAUAAAACAUUAUAUGGAAAAGAUCUGAUUAGUGAUUUAAAGAGCGAACUUACAGGAAAAUUAGAAGAUGUUAUAAUUGCUCUUAUGACACCAUUACCUCAUUAUUAUGCUAAGGAAUUGCAUGAUGCAGUUAGUGGAUUAGGAACGGAUGAAGAAGCGAUUGUAGAAAUUUUAUGCACUCUAAGUAAUUAUGGUAUUCGCACAAUUGCAGCAUUUUAUGAAAAUUUAUAUGGUAAAACUCUUGAGAGUGACUUGAAGGGGGAUACUACAGGACAUUUUAAAAGAUUGCUGGUAUCACUUGUUCAGGCAAACAGAGAUGAAAAUCAGGGAAUAGAUCAAGCUCAAGCUACAGCUGAUGCACAAGUACUUUAUGAAGCUGGUGAAAAACAGUGGGGAACAGAUGAAUCUCAAUUCAAUGCUAUUUUAGUAUCUCGUAGUUAUCAACAGUUGAGACAAACUUUUAUUGAAUAUGAAAAAAUAUCUGGACAUGAUAUAGAAGUUGCUAUAAAAAAGGAAUUCUCUGGAAAUCUUGAGAAAUGUCUCCUUGGAAUAGUUAAAUGUGUAAAAUCAAAAGUGGGUUUCUUUGCUGAAAGAUUAUAUGCUAGUAUGCAUGGCAUAGGUACAAAGGAUCGAACACUUAUUCGUAUUAUUGUUUCCCGGAGUGAAAUUGAUCUGGGUGAUAUUAAGAAAGCUUUUGAAGAGCGGUUUGGAAAAUCAUUAGAAAGUUGGGUUGAGGGUGAUACAUCUGGGGAUUACAAGAAAGCUCUUCUUUCAUUAAUUUCUACAUAAAAUGAAGAACAUACUUUAAAAUACGAAUAAAAUAUGAACAGUCACUGUGGUACAAUUGCAAUGAAACUAUCUUUUUCUAAAAUAUGGAAUUAUACAUUGCCGCAGAUGCUUAUUUUUGCAAACUUUUUACAUGAGAAAUGCUUUGUAGAAUAAUCUGAAACUUAUUUUUGAUGAAAUGUUUUAUUAAAUUGCAUUGUUAUAUACAA